UUUAAACGUAUCUAUCUUUACCUAUCUGAAAAUAAGACAGAUUACCUAUCGAAACUUCACAAUGAGUCCAUCAUCAACAUCAUUCGCUCUUGUUGUUAUUCUAAUCAUCUCCUCCUUAUCGAUUUCGAAUUCGUCUUCAUUGAAACCCGUGCAUAGUUUAGAAGCUAAUGAAGUUAAGUGUAGAGAUAUAACUAGACAUAUGAAAUCUUGCAUAGAUUGGACGAAAAGUGGUUACAAGAAUAAUAAGGUUCCUCCAAAGGCUUGUUGCAAUCAAAUAUUUAAACUUAAUACUAUGGGAAAGGACUCUCAAGCAGAAGUAGCCAUUUGUGAAUGUGUUAAGGCAGGAUUACAAGAUCCAAAUAUCAAUGCAAAAGCAGCUGAAUCACUUACUUGGGGUUGUAAAGUUCUCUUGGCUUACCCUACCACACCAAAAGUCAAUUGUUCCGAGAUAACCGCUCCAAAUACCAAAUUUUGAGGCUUGGAGUGAUUUGGAGAAACAACAAGAUGUAA